UUAUUUUCACCACCCGCCGGCGGCCACACUGAGCACCCCCCAAAAGUCAGCGAAAUUGUCAAAUUCGUUUUACUGUUGUGAAGGGUUUGUUCGAAAGCCGUGCGCUAGCUUCAAUUUUGUCGUAAGCAAAACAAAAAGGAAAAUCAACCAAAAAUGUUCGUGUCGACAGUCUCUCGCAUUGCCCCCGUUGCCAGGAUCGCCCUCCUCGCCAACUCCAAGCAGUACUUGCGACCAUUGAGCAGCGCCAUCAUCAGCCAGAGCCAGACUUUGGCCGCUCAGAACACAACCCCCGUUGCAUUGCUGCCACAGAUCAGGUCAUUCCAGACCUCGCCAGUCACGCGUGACAUUGACUCGGCCGCCAAAUUCAUUGGCGCUGGUGCCGCAACAGUCGGUGUCGCUGGAUCCGGUGCUGGUAUCGGAACAGUAUUCGGUUCCCUCAUCAUCGGCUACGCCAGGAACCCAUCGCUGAAACAGCAGCUGUUCUCCUACGCCAUUCUGGGCUUCGCCCUGUCCGAGGCCAUGGGUCUGUUCUGUUUGAUGAUGGCCUUCCUGCUGCUGUUCGCCUUCUAAGCGCGCCUGCUGCACAUCGAUUGCUCGUCCUUGUUUCCUGCAAUCGGGCGUGUGCGCGAGUCGCAUGCGAACGAGAAUAGCAACCAAACAACACUUCAAACAAACAACAACCAGAACAAGCAACACCAACGUUCGUUUUCGAUUAUUAAUGAUAAAAUGAUUGAUUGAUUGAUUGAUAGCAAACAAGAACAUCCUGUACCACUAUCUAAUUAUAAAUACCAACAACCACAUAA